AUGGAAGUAGCCAGCAACGAAAGCAUUGCGGAUAUUUUCAAGAAACUUUGCGAAGAUUUCACAUGUGUUGUAGUCAAUAUAUACCAGACUCCAGAAGCAGAAAGUGAGAAGACCAUUGACGUCGAUGAUGUUGCAUAUCAUGAAGCGCAGGAACCUGAGGGGGUAGAUGUCACUACGAAGCAGCAUAUUGAAGACUAUGUCAACAACACUGAUAUGGUGAAAGACGAGAUAAAAAUUGAAGACGAGAAUGAAGAUUCUCUCCUGAAGCACAAAGCCGAGGAGGAUAGAGUCAUGGAGGAGGAUGCCGACGUUCACGACAAUAUGACUGCUGAAACAAAAAUCGAGAAAAGCAUCGAGUUUUCGGCCAAUGAACGAAAUGACACGGGCAGCGAUCAGCCACUUGCACGAGCAAAUCAGAGCGCGGACAAGUCAAAUGAUCGGAGUUCUCCUGUGAAUGAGGUGCAAGGAAAAGGCUCGAGUCUUGGGAAUGAAGGCGGCUAUGGUAGCUCUUUGUGGCGGUUUUGUGAUCGUUUGCAGAGGCCGCAACAACAAGAUAAGUCGAAUGGUGCGGAAGUUCAAUCAGAGGUAUAA